CCAGCAACCGGCUAACGCAGAAACGCUCACAACCCUUUCUCGUGUAUCCUUCCACGUUCGUCUGGAGUUAUCUGAGAUUUUCCAUGAGACCUUGUUCUUAGGCGAAUCUUCAUUAGUCGCCGCGCUCCUCAACUCGUUGUCGCAUCUCCGCUGCACGCAUCGCUAAUUGACUCGAGCACUGACAAACGAACUCGACUCCAAGAUGCCAACAGCUCGCAAGCGCUCCAUACAGGAGCUGGGCUCCGAUAACCCUACGAGGCAGGAGCAACCAUCCAUGCUGCACCGCAUCCGGAACAUGUGGCAGUUUGCCAAUCUAUACCAGUUCAUCCUCCUCUUCGGACAAGCACUGAAGCUUGACGACAAUCUGGACAUUGAGGAUCUGGAAGCAGAAUGCCUCAAGCCCGGGUCAAUGGCACUCCAGGAUAUCGGCCUUGGUCUCCUGAAAUUCCUGUCUUCACAUCGCGGCUUAACUCACGAGUUGUUCGACGAAUAUACAAGAAGGCAAUUUCUCAGCAAAGCCCCAGAGAAGAAUCCUUUCGGGACCCAGGAGACGCCGGUCGGGUUCGCGCAUUUCGAUAUUUUUACCAAGAUUCGGGUGCUACAGCAGAUGACGCAGUUGAUCAUGAUGAACCCGGAACGGCUGCGAGAGAGAACCGAAGAACAAAAGGAUACAGACCAGACGAACUGGCGCAUCGAACCCUACGGAUGGGAUCGACAUGAUCGCACUUACUUCGUUCUCGACGACAAUCGCUUAUAUCGCUUGACCGACGCUCCGCCGCCUGUCCCGAAACCUAAGAAGAAUUCAAAAAAGGCUAGAGCUCCCCAACGGGCGAGCAAAAGGCGACGCAUCUCGUCCGGCGAAGCAAGCGAUGCCAAGGAUGCGAACAACGAGGCUUCCGCUGCUGGUGUGUCGGCCGAACCAGAAGAUGACGGGCUGGGGGGGAUGAAAUGGGAGUGUAUCGCCGUCACCCUCGACGAAGUCCGGCAGUUCUUGGCGACAAUUCAGAAAUCCAUAGAUCCCAACGAAAAGACGCUCCGCGAUCAGAUCCAAGGCCACCUAGUGCCUAUCCUAGAGAAGCAGGAAGAGUCCAGGAAACGAAAACAACUCCAGCGGGAAAAGGAGCUGCUCGCCCUGGAGAAAAUGGCGCACGCGAAGAGGUCAAGCCGCCUUGCCAAUAAAAUGGAGCAGCAGAAGCUGGAGGAGCGCGCUCGGGAAGAGGAACGGAAGAGACGCGAGGAGGAAGCGGUGAGAAAAAAGGAGGAACAGCAGCGUCUCAGGAUGGAGCGUGAAAGGGAUACUCGGCUUAUGUCGAGGGAACAGCGUCUCAAGGAACGUGAAGCUCGCCGUCGUCUCCAUGAGGAGGAGCUUGCUCAGCUAUCCGAGGACAGCAAGGGGCCGAACAGUGCCUCCGCCCGUAUGUCAGAGCGUCGGCGGCUCGCCGAGAUCGAAAGGAACAAGAAGGCUCUCCGAGAGCUCGAGGAGGAGGAAGAGGACUGGAUCUUCGACUGUGUUUGCGGCGUUUACGGCCAGGUUGACGAUGGAACACACAGCGUGGCCUGCGAGAGGUGCAAUACAUGGCAACACAGCAAAUGCCUGGGCAUCGACGAACACGAAGCCGAGCAGGAGGAUUUUCACUUCAUAUGCACCUCCUGUCGCCGGCUUGAGGAGACGGCCAACGAUCCGCGCCCUCGUAUGAUCAAACUCAAGCUGAACUGCCACCAGAACCCCGGGUCGUCUUCCGACGAACAAGCGGCAGAGGCCAGCUCGAUUGCGACUGAGCAACCUCGCGCGAAACUAGUUGUUGAGCUUAAGUCACGGCCGCGACUAGUCUUGUGUGACGGUAAGGAGACAUUGGUCCCUACACCCGCUGCUGUCGCGCAUGAAGUAUAUGCUGGUGGAUUGGGACGGAAUCCCGCACCUGCCCAGCCGGCGCAAACACUUGGAAGCGUCUCAGUCAAGGCUCGAGAGCCUGAACCUAGACACAAUCAGAGCUUACCCGUCGGUCAGGGGAACAAUCCUUUUUCGUCCCCGCACCCGAAUCUCUUGCCUCCCGAUCAACAGAGUGUCAAAUCUGGCGUCUCCCAUCCUCCUUUCGGAAACGCCGCACCUCUCCCGGUUGCGGGUGACAACGACAAGACUAGAUUGGUUGCCAAACCAGCCGUGUCGAGCGAUCCUCUUUCAGCGUUGGCUGGAAGCGGGAGUGGCGCCGCCUCGCCAUCAAAGCAACCACGCCGUCCCCCUUCCCCACCAACAAAGACAUCCCCAUCUGCCACGGCCGCCUCAAACGGGCUGGCACCACCCUCCGUGUCUGCGGAAAAUAAUAGAAGCAGCAGCAUGACAUCUUCGUCCUCGACGGCUUUGCCACCACAUCUCACCCCAGCGCCAUCGCGCGAUGCCAGAUCCGAUCAUGCCGCGUCCGGAUCUUCGCCACUGCCGCCCCCUAACGGCGGCUUGUCUCCCACGAAGCACUCACCGCCCGUCUCCAGACCCCAACAGCAACAGCAACAGGUCAAUGGGUGCGCCAACGGCUUCGGGACUCCUUCGCUGGGAGCUGCCCACUCGCCCUCGGCAGUCUUCCCACCUGUCGCUGCCUUGUCGCCCUCCCCACGGCCGCAGAUUUUGACGCCUCCGGUCAAGCCUGCGGAGCCCGUCAGGGUCCCGCCGUCGCAGGGCCUGCAAACGCCCAAGCUUGUCCCGUCGAGUUCUCCGCGACUAGAGGCUCAGUCAAGUUAAAUUUACCCGCCCACCAUCGCAGAUGAUUGAACGAGUAAUAAAGGCCUGAAAUUUUUCGUCAUGACUGGCCGGUUGGGCGCAUUCGAUUUCCUGCAGGAAUGGCUUGGGAGCAUAGGCCUCUGGCUUGGAGAAGGCGGUACUUGCGUUUGGGGUAUCUCGGCAUGUAACGAAUAGAGUGCUGAACAGUUUUGCUUAUUUGACCUGGCUGCGCCUGAAUGAAAAAAUGAAGCAUCUGAGUGCAGUACGUUUUCUAC